AUGGAAAGAUCGACUUCCAUUUCCCUCGUGGAUAACACCAUCCCACAGCAACCCACCGAAGGACCCGCACCUACAUCCUCACUCGAUAGACAAAUCAGCCUGACGAAACACCUGAGCCGUGCAUCCGUUCACAGCCAGCUUGCAAAGCGGAAAUACGCAAAAUGGCAGCCGGACAAAUUGGGUAUCGCACCUGACAGAAAUGACUCUGUCGGCGGAGAAUCAUCUCAAGCCCGCGGAGGGUCCAUCUCAACAAGCUCCGCCGGAGAAGGCAGCAGGGGCAGAGAUGUCGAUACAGCAGGGUUAGAGGCAUCCCGAACUUUUAGUCAUUCCAGGAACGGGAAUGGGCAAUUAAACGGAAUCGGAACCCCGCCUAAUGGUCGCGAUAACACGAAACCGCGGUCGGAAAUGGACAUUCUCUACGAGAACCAGCGCGGCUGGUUCGUUUUUGGGGUCCCACGCUAUUCACACAGUUCGCUGUUGAAUUUCGAUCCUAGUCCCUGGAUGAACCAGGAUCGUAAACCCAGUCCUGUUAACAUAACCAAUGCUCAACUGCCUGACCCGAGUUGGGAAUGGACGUGGAAGACAUGGUAUGUGGACAUGUCUGGUGAUACCGAUGAGCAAGGGUGGCAGUACUCUUUUUCCUUUGCUUCCUCGUCAUGGCAUGGUACAAAGCCGUGGUUUCAUUCUUUUGUUCGGAGGAGACGGUGGGUGAGACUGCGGACUAAGGCCGUUGAGCGGCGGGACCGUGGUCGGUCGAACUUUGAGAAAGCCCAUAUGCUGAAUGAGGAUUAUUUCACCAUUCAUUCGUCCAAUGCUAGGAGUCGGGAACAGAGCACUACGGGACUAUCCCGUGUGGAGUCUGGAUACUUGAAUCAUCCAAGCAUGAGGGUUGAUGAGGAGCCACAUGUUGGUGAGAUUGGGGAUAUCCCCAGUUUGAUGCAUGCAUUGAAAUUGGCUUCCAUUGAUCGAGAUAGGAUUGAUGCACUGAAGAAGUUUGUGGAUGAAGGUGGCGAUGAACUAUAUUAUCUGAAUGAUAAGAUACCGGAUAUCAUGCCCACAUUCCUAUUCCAGGCUUCUCGCUGGCAGUUUGUCACAUAUCUUUCUGGUGUCAUUCGCGAAUUAUCCCAGACUCCCACCGACUCGGAUAAAGAGGCCGAUGCAGUCCGGCGCAAGAAAGAUAACCUUGCUCGGGCUGUGGAAUCUUGCAAGCAUCAUAUCACCGGGCCAGAUGUCUUUAAAGAUGAUCAUGGAGAGCCAGCAAUGGGAUUGCUAGACCUGACUCCAGUGGGCAAACAGGCUACCCUAAUGGCCAAGCGACCGGUCCUGGAGGAGCGUUCUACCUCAAUGAGGCACAUUUUCCGCGGCAUUCCCAAAGCCGCUGAGAUCGGCCAUGAAGGUCACAUAUAUUAA